GUACGUACUAUCUGGGCAUCUUAUAUUAUAUAAUAAAUUGUUUACAGUUCGCACCGGAAUCCGCAUAGCGUCGUCACUGCGAGUCGGACUGUAAACCAUAACGCACGCGUUUCAGUAACCAGUGAAAAUGGCUAAGGUUGAAGUCAAAUAUACUAAGUUGUUCAUCAACAAUGAGUGGGUCGACGCGGUCAGCAAGAAGACCUUCCCGACUAUCAACCCUCAAGACGAAAGCGUUAUCGUACAGGUCGCUGAGGGUGAUAAGGCUGAUAUCGAUUUGGCUGUAGCUGCCGCCAAGAAAGCAUUUCACCGUUACUCAGAAUGGCGUGUCAUGGAUGCUUCCCAAAGAGGUCGCCUUCUUCUGAAGCUGGCUGACUUGAUGGAAAGAGACGCCAAAUACUUGGGCGAGUUGGAGACCCUUGACAACGGCAAGCCUGUGAAGCAAGCUGAAGGCGAAGUUCUGUGGUCUGCUGGCAUCAUCAGAUACUACGCCGGCAAAGCCGACAAGAUUUUGGGCAACACCAUCCCUGCUGAUGGUGAAGUGCUAACCUUCACUAUGAGGGAGCCGGUCGGUGUAUGCGGACAGAUUCUGCCAUGGAACUACCCCAUCCCCAUGUUCGUGUGGAAGAUUGGGCCGGCUCUAGCGGCUGGUUGCACAGUUGUACUUAAGCCCGCUGAGCAGACCCCGCUCACAGCUCUGGCCAUGGCUGCCUUACUUAAAGAAGCUGGUAUACCAGCUGGAGUAGUCAACGUGGUCCCUGGAUACGGUCCGACCGCAGGAGCCGCCCUCACUCACCACCCCGACGUCGAUAAAGUUGCCUUCACUGGAUCCACUGAAGUGGGUCGCAUCAUAAUGCAAGCCGCGUCUGCAGUCAAUCUGAAACGUGUCACACUUGAGCUCGGAGGCAAGAGCCCUCUAGUCGUGUUUAAUGAUGCUGACGUUGAGAAGGCUGCACAAAUCGCUCACAACGCUGCCUUCGCUAAUGCCGGUCAAUGCUGCGUUGCCGGCACCAGGACCUACGUACAAUCUGGCAUUUAUGACAAAUUCAUCCAGAAAGCCGCCGAGAUCGCAAAGAAAAGGAAAGUCGGAAACCCUUACACCGAUGUGGAGCAAGGACCUCAGAUCGACGACGAAAUGUUCAACAAAGUAAUGGGCUACAUCGAUGCUGGUAAGAAGGGCGGAGCUCGUUGCAUCGCCGGAGGUGAACGCGAAGGCAAAGUGGGCUACUUCAUCCAACCCACUGUCUUCGCAGAUGUCAAAGAUGACAUGAAAAUCGCACGAGAAGAGAUCUUCGGCCCAGUCCAGAGCAUUCUCAAGUUUGAGACAUUUGAGGAAGUAGUAGACCGCGCCAACAACUCCAACUACGGCUUGGGUGCUGGUGUCAUCACCAACGAUAUCAACACUGCUCUUGCCUUCAUCAAACACGUUCGUGCUGGCUCCAUGUGGGUGAACACGUACGAGCAUGUGGCACCCCAGACGCCUUUCGGUGGAUUCAGAGAUUCCGGCAUUGGACGCGAACUGGGUGAAGAUGGCAUUCAGCAAUACUUGGAGACCAAGACAGUGUCUUUCAGCCUUCCCAAGAAACCCUUGAUUUAGAUCAAGGGUUUAUACCGUACUCUACAACCCUAUACCGUAAAAUACGACUGUGACGCAUAUAUUCCUAUAUAUACAAAUAUUUUGUAAUAAAAUAUUGUAAAACUUUUGUA